UUAUCGAUUGUAUCACAAAACCACUCUGUGAUAACUAUAUAAAUACGACAGUUCACAAAAAAAUACAUUCCGGUUUAUUCCUGAUAAUUACGGAAUGUCCGACGUCAAAACUCCGGAGAUCGACGUAAUGCAAGGGCUGAAGACCGUGUUAACCCAAAUUGAGGCGGCUGUAGCUCGCCGGAGUAAAGACCUGCCCCAAAGAACACCAACUCUAGUGGCAGUAUCAAAAAUAAAACCAGUACCGCUCAUAAUACAAGCAUACGACGCUGGCCAACGUGACUUUGGAGAGAACUAUGUCAAUGAACUAGUAGAAAAAGCAACAGACUCUCAAAUCAUCGAGAAAUGCAAAGAUAUAAAAUGGCAUUUCAUUGGGCACUUGCAGUCGAAUAAAAUAAAUAAGUUAUUGAGUGCUCCAAGGUUGUACAUGAUUCAAACCGUUGAUUCGAAGAAGUUGGCGGAUUCUUUGAAUAAGCAAUGGACCAAGGUUCGGAAUGGCGAGGAGAUGUUGAAUAUUAUGGUACAAGUUAAUACCAGUGGGGAAGAAGCAAAAAGCGGAAUAGAACCCUUUGAAAGCGUCACAAUGGUAGAAUACGUGCUAAAGAACUGUCCAAGCCUAAAAUUCAAUGGCCUAAUGACCAUAGGGCAGUAUGACUAUGAUAUGUCUCUAGGCCCUAAUCCAGAUUUCCUGAAACUGAUCGAGUGUAGAAAAGAAGUCUGCGAAAAAUUGAAACUAGAUAUCAAUGAAGUGGAAAUUUCUAUGGGGAUGUCAUGUGAUUUUGAGCAGGCUGUUGAACUAGGAGCUACUACAGUACGAGUUGGCUCAAACAUUUUUGGCGCUAGGCCUCCAAAGAAUUAGUGAAAAGUACAAAAUUAAAGAAUAUAUUUUUAAUUUUAGGAAUUUAAAGUAAACGUAGGCUGUUAUUAUUUUGUUUUAAC